AUGUAUCUUGCGGAAAUCAUUUUAGCUGAAAUUUUCACCACAUGGCGCUAUGAUGAGUGGAGCUUACUGAAUAUGAGUUUUGUCGUAAGCUUAUCGACGAAUGGUCUCGAUAUUGGAUAUUGGAUAUUGGACAAUCUGGUGGGAGUUUUGUUUUCCAAGGUCAAGACCUUAGACACGCCAAUCUGGUUGUACGCAUAUGCUGACGUCGAUAAUUUCAACGCCUUCUUGAUCAUGUCUUGUGAUAUUAUUGAAACUCCUAGUGAUGAUGCUAAUCCAACUGUGGAUAACGUGAUUGGUGGCUUUACAAUAAUCGGUGAGAAGACCAAAUCAAAAGUAUCAAAUGUCAAAGAAGUCCUCCCAUAUUGGAUUACAAAUUCAGAAAAAUUUCCAGCUGAUUUACAGCACAGUCAUCCUAUCAGUGAUAAAGUAUUAAAGAUUAAUUCAGCUAUACAAUCGCGUCUUUAUGAAAUGGGCAUUAGUCAAUUAUUUCCUGUUCAAUACGCAGUGAUUCCUUACAUAAUGAACAGUUAUUUCACAUCUAACUGCCGACCAUUAUGUCGUCCAAGAGAUAUAUGUAUAUGUGCACCAACCGGAAGUGGUAAAACCCUGGCGUAUGCAAUUCCAAUUGUUCAAUUACUUAUGCACAGAGUACAUCAAUUCAUUCGAGCACUAAUCAUUGUUCCAGUAAGAGAUUUGGCUGUACAAGUGUAUAAAACACUUAAUCAACUUAUUGAAGGAACACAUAUCAAGGUUGCUCUUCUCGCUGGUAUUCAAAGUUUUACUAAAGAACAAGAAGAGAUUAUUGAUUCGUCAACGGAUAAUCCUAUUGUUAAAGUGGAUAUUGUUGUCGCAACACCUGGACGUUUAGUGGAUCAUUUGUAUAAUACUUCGGGUUUUAGUAUGGAACGUUUACGAAUUUUGGUGAUUGAUGAAGCCGAUCGUGUUAUUGUGGAGGAGAAACAAAAUUGGUAUCGUACACUAGAAGACGCCUUAUAUUAUUAUACAUCAUUGAAUAGUCACACUAACUCGACCUCCAGUAUCACUGGUCGUAAACGAUGCCGACCAAUUCCAACGAUUGGUUAUCAUUACGAUAGAAGUACUGAUAUUACACUACAAAAGAUCCUUGUUUCAGCCACAUUGACGCAUGAUCCAGAACCAUUGAAACAAUUCAAUCUAUACUUUCCUAUUUUAUUUCGAUCAAGUCAAACAGAUUCUUCGCUUGUAGAAAAUAAGAUCAUUCAGUCUACACUGGAAGAAGAAGAAGUACAUGAUGGAAGUUACACAACGGAAAAUAAGAAGAAGAAAAAGAAGAAGUCCAAAUCACUCAAAGACGGUGAAGAAACAACAAUGAAUGGUAUCGAUUUGGUGGAGACAAAAGACAAUAAGCACACAGCAAUAGAUACUACACUUUCUAAUUAUGUUGUUGUUGAUGAUGAUGGCGGUGUUGGUCAAUUUUUUAUUCCACAGAACUUGGAGGAAUAUCUAAUCACAGCGAAACCGGAUAUACGUGUGCUAUUUCUUGUCUAUUUAAUACGUCAAAAACACAAAUCACGUAUUCUAUGCUUUACAAAUACAGUGAAUUGUGCCAAGCGCUUAAAUCUGCUGUUGUCUAAUUUUCAAAAUAUACACAGUAAAUUUCUGUCGAGUAAUCUGCACCCAAAUAAACGUCAACGUAUACUGAAUUCAUUCAGUACUGGAAUGUGUCAAAUUCUAGUUUGUACAGAUUCUAUGGCACGUGGUAUGGAUAUUGAAGAUGUUGAAUGUGUUGUCUCCUAUGAUAUACCGUCUAGUAUUAAAACGUAUAUACAUCGUAUCGGUCGGACAGCUAGAGCCGGGAAAAAAGGUGUCGCUUACACUUUGCUAUCUACAAAUCAAUUCUACCAUUUUAAAAAAGACUUGAAACGUGUUGGUCGUAAAAAGAUAAAACAACUACAAUUCCAUCAAAGUCAAUGGUCACAAUUCAAUACUGAAUAUAAAGUUGCAUUAAGAAAUUAUGAAAAUCUUAUGAAAAUGAUCUACAUAGUAAUUUAUGCUGUUACUAUCCUGUUGGUUAUCAACGCUGACAAUACACCGCCAACUUCAAAUUAUCCUAUUCAACGUCCACAUCUUGACUGUAAUAUAACUCAACAAGGAUUUCAUCUUCGAUUACGUUGUGAUUUCCAUAAUUUUCCUGAGAAAUCAUUAGAAACUUGUCAACUUCAUGUACAUUUACCGUCAGGAAACGUUUUGACUGUUUUUCUACCGUUGACAAAAAGUGAAGAACUUAAGAACACUGAACCUACUACUGAAAUCAAACAUCCUACUCUUAACUGUCCAGAUGGCAGUAACAGUUAUAUUGUCAGCAAGAAUGAUAAAGAUCAUUUCCCAGUGAUUGUACCAAAACCUAAAGCUUCUGAUCUUAUAUAUGUAAUGCCUAUUACUAUUCUAUUAUUAGUUAUAGGUGUUGUAGUCCUCUUAAUGGCAUAAUUGCUGUUUUGCUCAACCUGUCAACUAACUGUUUUCUCUCUCUUUCUACCUUCUAAUAAUUAGUAACGGUAAAUAUAUACAAAUAUCUGAGAAUCCAUGACAACGGGACAUUUCAGGGAAAUGGAGCCUCUUUGGCAAUAGUAUAUGUGAUAGUAUAAUAACAACUCAUUGUUCUUUUUAAUUUUGUUUUUGUAAUUUACUCCUCUCAGUGAAUGCGCUAGAGGUAAACUUUUAUUGUAAUAAAACUCCUUGAAGUAUUCUCA